CCAGCUGCGAUAACGUUGAAGAAUAAUUUGGUGCUAAUGUACAGGUAUUGGACUUAUAACAUUAGACAAAUUUCAGGUGAUACUGUGUGGUCUGGUUGGUUGGGAAUCGCGAGGUCACUGUGGUGUCCUAAUAAUCUCACCCGGCGGGCCUACAGGAAAAUGGAAAGAGCGGUUGUGAGAUGUGUGCCCUGGGAGUCCAAGCUAACUAUUUCGUUUAUCCUGGACGGCAGUCAGAAGCACAUGCUGAGGGACCAGACGGAAGAACUUGGCAAGGUGUUGGCCAGAAUUGCUAAUAAUGCCCUGAAGGGUCAAGGCAAAGCGAAAAAGUCCAAGAAAAACAAAGCCGAGCAGACGACAGCUGUAGAGCCGGCUGUGAGACUGUACUACAAUGGCGACUUUGUAGCAGAGGACGCACUCAAUCAUGAUGCUUGGCAGGAUGGAGCCGUGUUACACGUUGGAGACAGCAAGUACAAAGUCGAGAGGAACCCCCCGAGCUUUACCGUCGCUGAGUUGCCGGUGUCUCUUUUAGCCAGCUUCCCCGUAUGCCCAAAACUGGAGAUUGAGUUCGGCGAUCUGAAGCACUGUCUUUUUAAAUGGUACCGAGAGAUCGCUCCUAACGCGGAAAAAGAGGGACGAGAAAACCGCUGGGUUGAGGCAGGCAAUGAACGUGUGUUCACUCCGUCUAAUUCAGACAUUUCGCUAAAACUAAAGCUGAAAUGCACUCCUGGAGAUGGGACAAAGUGCGGUGCGGCCAAAGAGUUGGUAACAGUUGGUACCGUCGAGGCAGGGCCAGGAACCUGCACGUUUGACAACAGGCAUGUUUAUACUGCUAAAGUUACGGACGAUGCAACAGUCAGGGUGGUUUCAUACAACAUUUUAGCCGAUGUUUACGCACAAACCGAUCUUUCAAAAACGGUUUUAUACCCAUACUGCGCUCCAUAUGCGCUGGGGCUCGACUAUAGACAAAAUUUAAUCAAGAAAGAGCUAGCCGGCUACAGCGCUGACAUAAUUUGUCUCCAGGAAGUGGACAAGGGAGUUUUCGUCGACAGCCUGUCACCGGCACUCGAUGCCUUUGACAUGGAUGGCGUCUUCAGAAUCAAAGAGAAACAACACGAGGGCUUGGCGACGUAUUUCAGGAGGUCCAAAUUUAAGUUGCUGAGCCAACAUGACAUAGUGCUGAGCGAAGCUUUGGUGUCAGAUCCGCUUCACAGUGAGCUGUUGGACAAACUGUCCACCAACCCAGUCUUGAAGGAGAAGGUGGUGCAAAGGUCGACGGCGUUGCAGGUGACUGUGCUUCAGUCUUUGAAAGAUGCAUCGAAGAAACUCUGUGUUGCCAAUACCCACUUGUACUGGCAUCCAAAAGGAGGACACAUACGUUUGAUCCAGAUGGCCGUGGCCCUGAAGCAUUUGAGCCGGUUGACGUCGGAAGAGUACCCGGGGGCCCCGCUGAUUUUUUCGGGUGACUUCAACAGCACGCCCUCGUCGGGCCUCUUCCAGCUGGCCAGUCAGGGUGCGGUGCCUGAGAGCCACGAGGACUGGGCUUCGGACGGGCCGGAGGAGCUGUGCCCGAUGGCCAUCAGCAACCCCUUCCAGCUGAGCAGUGCGUGCGGGGAGCCUGCCUACACCAACUACGUGGGCGGCUUCCACGGUUGCCUCGACUACAUAUUCGUGGAGCCUCGCGCUCUGCAGGUGGAGCAGGUAAUACCCCUGCCCAGUCACCAGGAGGUCACCACAUACCAGGCUCUGCCCAGCGUCGCACAUCCAUCUGAUCACAUCGCUCUCGUCUGUGACCUCACCUGGAAAUGAUUGGCACAGACGAUG